GUUGUCGUAGUUGUUGUUGACUUGUUGUCGUAGAUGUUGUGAUUGUCGUUGGUAUAAUGGUCUCAGGACUUUGAUGUGUCCUCACAUCCACACUUAAAGGUCUGUCUGACUCAUGAUCUCUCUUCUUAUUGGUCAGUCCAACAGACAGAAUCCCUCCAAUAAGAUGCUGCCGUCCACUCCGUCUGAUAAAGCUCUGAGGAAGUAUGAACACAAGAUCAACCUGGAUAAGCUGAAUUAUGCUGACUCAGUGAUUAAUAAAGUGACGACGAUGCAGAAACAGAAAGAUUCCGACACGUACAGAGUGAAGGACAAAUCAGAUCGAGCCACAGUGGAACAGGUUUUAGAUCCACGCACUCGAAUGAUUCUCUUCAAGAUGCUGAGUCGAGGAAUCAUCAGCGAAAUCAAUGGCUGCAUCAGCACCGGGAAGGAG